CCCACCCCCUCAACCCUGUGUGAGAUGUUGGGUUUCUUCUUCAUGAGACAUUGUUGAGAAGUCGCAGUGGUUGGAGAGGCGUAGGGGGCAGACUACCUCUGCUCCCCCCACACCCCCCUUUUUUCUCUCCGGGAGGAGGAGGAGGGGAAGGGGGCUUGCAGAGCAAGCGAUGGAUGAGGAAAACAUGACGAAAAGCGAGGAGCAGCAGCCUCUGAGUUUGCAAAAAGCCUUACAGCAGUGCGAGUUGGUCCAAAACAUGAUAGACCUGAGCAUCUCCAACCUGGAAGGGCUUAGGACCAAAUGUGCUACUUCCAACGACCUCACACAAAAAGAAAUCCGGACCCUGGAGAGCAAGCUGGUGAAGUACUUCAGCCGGCAGCUGUCCUGCAAAAAGAAGGUAGCCCUGCAGGAACGCAAUGCCGAGCUGGACGGCUUCCCCCAGCUCCGGCACUGGUUCCGGAUCGUCGACGUGCGGAAGGAAGUCCUGGAGGAGAUUACCCCGGGCCAGCUGAGUCUGGAGGACCUCUUGGAGAUGACGGACGAGCAGGUGUGUGAGACCGUGGAGAAAUACGGGGCCAACCGGGAGGAGUGUGCCCGCCUCAAUGCCUCCCUCUCCUGCCUACGGAACGUCCACAUGUCAGGAGGCAACCUUUCCAAACAAGACUGGACCAUCCAGUGGCCCACCACGGAGACGGGGAAGGAGAACAACCCCGUGUGCCCCCCGGAGCCGACCCCGUGGAUCCGCACCCACCUCUCCCAGAGCCCCAGGGUCCAGUCCAAGUGCGUCCAGCACUACUGUCACGCCAGCCCCAGCCCGGGGCCCCCCGUGUACACCCACGUGGACAGGCUCACGGUGGACGCCUACCCGGGCCUGUGCCCGCCCCUGCCACUGGAGUCGGGCCACCGGUCCCUGCCUCCGUCGCCCCGGCAGCGGCACACGGUCCGCACCCCGCCGCGCACCCCCAACAUCGUCACCACCGUGACCCCGCCCGGCACGCCACCCAUGAGGAGGAAGAACAAGCUGAAGCCCCCGGGGACCCCGCCGCCCUCCUCCCGGAAGCUGAUCCACCUGAUCCCGGGUUUCACGGCCCUGCAUCGGAGCAAGUCCCACGAGUUCCAGCUGGGUCACCGCGUAGACGAGGCCCACACGCCCAAAGCCAAGAAGAAAAGCAAGCCGUUGAACCUCAAGAUCCACAGCAGCGUGGGCAGCUGUGAGAAUAUCCCCUCCCAGCAGCGCUCCCCGCUGCUGUCCGAGCGCUCGCUCCGCUCCUUCUUCGUGGGACACGCGCCCUUCCUGCCUUCCACCCCUCCCGUCCACUCCGAGGCCAACUUCUCCUCAAACACACUGUCAGUGCCACGCUGGUCCCCACAGAUCCCUCGCAGAGACCUCGGCAACUCCAUCAAGCACAGGUUUUCCACGAAGUACUGGAUGUCUCAGACAUGCACAGUCUGUGGGAAGGGGAUGCUUUUUGGCCUCAAGUGUAAAAACUGCAAGUUAAAGUGCCACAACAAAUGCACCAAAGAAGCCCCACCCUGUCAUCUCCUGAUCAUCCACCGAGGAGAUCCAGCAAGGUUAGUCCGGACAGAGUCCGUUCCGUGUGACAUCAACAACCCUCUACGAAAGCCACCCCGGUAUUCGGACCUGCACAUCAGCCAGACGCUCCCUAAAACCAACAAAAUCAACAAGGACCACAUCCCUGUUCCUUACCAGCCAGACUCUAGCAGCAAUCCCUCAUCCACAACGUCCUCCACGCCCUCCUCGCCAGCGCCUCCGCUCCCUCCCAGUGCCACGCCGCCUUCUCCCCUACACCCUUCUCCGCAGUGCACAAGGCAGCAGAAGAACCUCAACCUGCCAGCAUCCCACUACUACAAAUACAGACAGCAGUUCAUUUUCCCAGAUGUGGUGCCGGUGCCAGAGACGCCGACCCGGGCACCCCAGGUCAUCCUGCAUCCAGUGACCUCGAAUCCAAUCUUGGAAGGAAAUCCAUUACUUCAAAUUGAAGUGGAGCCAACCUCAGAGAACGAGGAGGGUCACGAUGAGGCCGAGGAGUCGGAGGAUGACUUUGAGGAGAUGAACCUGUCCCUGCUCUCGGCCCGGAGCUUCCCGCGCAAGGCCAGCCAGACCAGCAUCUUCCUUCAGGAGUGGGACAUCCCCUUUGAGCAGCUGGAGAUCGGCGAGCUCAUCGGGAAGGGCCGCUUCGGGCAGGUGUACCAUGGCCGCUGGCACGGGGAGGUGGCCAUCCGGCUGAUCGACACUGAGAGGGAUAAUGAAGACCAGCUCAAGGCCUUCAAGCGGGAGGUGAUGGCCUACAGGCAGACGCGGCACGAGAACGUGGUACUCUUCAUGGGCGCCUGCAUGAGCCCGCCCCGCCUGGCCAUCAUCACCAGCCUCUGUAAGGGCCGGACACUCUAUUCUGUGGUCAGGGAUGCCAAGAUCGUCUUGGAUGUCAACAAAACGAGGCAGAUUGCCCAAGAAAUUGUGAAGGGCAUGGGCUACCUCCACGCCAAGGGAAUCCUGCACAAGGACCUCAAGUCCAAGAACGUCUUCUACGACAACGGCAAAGUGGUGAUCACAGACUUCGGGCUCUUCAGCAUUUCCGGGGUGCUGCAGGCUGGCAGGCGUGAUGACAAGCUGCGCAUCCAGAGCGGCUGGCUGUGCCACUUGGCCCCGGAGAUCAUCCGUCAGCUGUCUCCCGACACAGAGGAAGACAAGCUCCCCUUCUCCAAACACUCGGACGUCUUUGCGCUUGGGACAAUCUGGUAUGAACUCCACGCCAGAGAGUGGCCUUUCAAGACCCAACCAGCAGAGGCAAUAAUCUGGCAAAUGGGCACAGGCAUGAAACCCAACCUCAGCCAGAUUGGCAUGGGAAAAGAAAUCUCGGACAUUCUUCUCUUCUGCUGGGCCUUUGAACAAGAAGAGAGACCUACCUUCACCAAGCUUAUGGACAUGCUGGAGAAGCUGCCAAAGCGGAACCGCCGCCUGUCUCACCCUGGACAUUUCUGGAAGUCUGCAGAGCUGUGACCACUGGACAAAGGGACAGCGCUCAGCUGCCUCAGCUCCCAAGCCACCUCUCCUCCCCUGCUCUGCCCUCUGCCAGCUCAGGAGGCCAGAGGCUCACCGUCAGAGGGUACCGACCCCGGCCGGCCUGGGAGCGCUGCACGACUGAGCCCGGCAGCUUCCCUGCACCCCAGACCCACGCCUUCGCUCGGGCAGGGGUGGGGACCCCGAGCCAGGACUUCAUGGGACCAGCCAGGGAGAUGCAGAGUUGAUCAGUGAGGCCCAGGGGACGGUGUAGACAAGAGAACUUUGGGCUGGAUGUGGAGCCCCUGGGCCGUGGAGGCUAGGGCAGGGGUCCCACGCGGGCAGGCUCACAGGACCGGUCUGUGUGUGCGUGUGUGUCUACGUGCGCGACACCGUCCGCUCUCAAUUGCCCUUGAUGACGGGAGUCAGGCUGCCCCAGGUCCGGGGCUGAGCGCCCAUCAGCUGUUUCGGUGUCUGCGUGGUGGGUUCCAGCUGCGCUCUCUGGAAAGACGGGACGGGGAUGCAGAGCUGAGCGCGCGCUUAGUGGAGGCUACGGGGCCGAGAUCUGGGCGGGAAGCUCAGCUGUUCCUGUGCAAACAUCUGUUCUCGGAGGCCCCCCCACCCCAAGCCUGUCAAGGUUUGGGCACCUCUGCGUAUCGCUCCGAAGUGCAUGUCUUUUGCGCUCUGGGUCUCUCUGGGCUAUGCUUCCCCGUUUCCGCUGCCCUCUCCGUUCUGUGACAGCCUCGUCCCCUUUCUUCCUCGCUGCCCCCCACUUCCAUUUGGAAAGCACAGUGGCUCCCUGGCCAAGAUGACUUCAGGGGGCUCCUUCCAGCUCACCUUCAUCCAUGACGGCCCCCUGAGGUCUGAGCCUUGGGAACUGGGGUUCUGGGAGGGGGAAGUUCUAGGACAUUCUUUUUCCCUCCCUCUGCCCUGGCACUUACACCAGCUAAGUUUAUCCACCACCAUGAUGGAGAUGGGUCGUUGGGUUCGGUGUGUGUGUUGGGUUACAGGGCGUGUGCACGGCAUCUUGUUUGCAAAUGACCCCUCCCGCACUCCUGCUGCUUCACCCUUAAAAAGUCCAACUGGGGAGGCGAGGAGGGCAGCUCUUUGUCGGGGUUCUGCAUUUUCAGCUCCAGCUGGUGCCGAACCGCAGAGCGGCUCCCCGUUCGACGCCUCUGCACGCUCAGCGCCCCUGCCUUCCAUCCCUCACCUUCACUCCCCACCUGGCCCAGCUGCUCUUGCUGUAACCACACCAGGGUCCAGUGUUCUGCACGGGGGUCGCUGGGAGCAAGUCAGGUGCAGAAUGACAGGGAGAGCCUCCGUCUUACGUUCCUUACCUGACAAGGGAAUGUCUUACGUUCCCCAAACCCUGGACCCCAUUCACCUGACCAGGCAUCCGAGGGAAAUCUGCCCCCCAGCAGGGCGCUAGCAGGACGGCUGGGCAUUAGGCAGGAGGCCCAGGCUCUGCCCACAGUCCCGCCGUACUUCUUGGGCACUGCCCAGCCUUGCUUCUGGUCGCCACCUUAUCUAGAUGUCUCCCUCAAAGAGAGGGGACCUCCGACUUCAAAAACCCACCUGGGCUCAGACUCAACGUCCAACCAGAGAUACGGGGAUCUUCCCCACUUUGGUUCACGCUCUGGGGGGCCAAGCCUGCUUCCAAACUGGGAAAAAUGAUGACAGCGGUCAUGCUUCCCGAGACCCUGGCUGAGGGAAACCCCAGAAGGCCUUCCUGGUUACUUUCCCAAUGCUCCCACCUGCCUGGGACCAGAGGCUCCAGGCCUCCAUGUGGGCCAUUCCUAAACAUUCCUCUUCUGGGGCAUCUGUCACUGUGGCCCUCAGCCCGUCAUUUGCGUGUCUGGAGGCGUUGACACGUGUUUGCACAAGCCCCAGCUGCUUUGCUGUCGCUGCGGGCAGCUCUUGUCAGCGGCCGCCACGCUGUUAAGGCAGGUCACCCAGCGAACCCGCCCCAGGCCUGAGCCGGGGCCUCCUGAGGGUCUCACAUCUCUUUAGCCCAAUCAGACUUCUUGGGUCCGUGGACCCCAGUCUUUAUCAUGGACCUCUGUGUGUGCGGGGUGGGGGGGGAAAUAAGCAAGGGGAUGAGCAGACAAGGUCAGCUCCCGGAAGCUGCAGCCCACUCCCUCUUGCCUCCGUUGUUUCCAGAAUCAACUAACAGGGCCACCCAGAGCCUUUGGCAGGGCCCAGCAGCAUCUCCACAGGCUGAUUUUUCCAUUUGUUCACAAGCACCAGCUUGAGGUUAGGGGCGGAGCCUGAGGGACCCAGGGAGAAACCCCAGCUUCCCCUGCGCCUUUGGAGUUUCUCUGCCUGCAGAACAGGGUCCCACGUCACCUGCUCUCGCCUUGCCGCCUCCCUCUUUUCGCAGGUCUUUACUUUGUUCCCUCCUUCCUCAGUCUCCGCUGUAGCCAGUCCAGCCCACCCCCGCACCGCCCUCCAGCUGCACCACCCUGAAUUGUUUAGAAGCCACCGCCCUCCAGCUGCACCACCCUGAAUUGUUUAGAAGCCAGCUUUUAUUUGCAGACAUUUUGAUCCAGAAGGAACCAAACCACCGCUUUCCCUGCUGACCUCAGUCCUUAUUCACUGAAGCCCUGGGAGGAGGCCAUGUUCAUUCAUCUUUUGCAAGGGGAAAAAAAAGGUGGUGUGUAUAUUUACACCGUAGUUGCCAGCCCACAAUUGGCUCAUUCUGUAGAAUCCACAGCACAGAUUGUGUGCAGGUGCCCGGCGCCCAGCAGCGAGCUGCCUCUGUCUCCGCCCUGCUUUCAGCAAACCCUUAGGUACACAGGCUUCCCAGAUGGACCAGUCCACAGGGUAGAGAUUCACUAGGGAGCCUUGACCUUGCCUUCUUUCAAAGGCAUGUGGAUUUGCACACUGAAUUCCCACCAGCUCUUCCUGGUCACAGGUCUUUCAUAAAACGGGGAGUCCCCUUGCAGGGGGACCUUAUGUGGGGACAUCUCCACACGUCACCAUCCCCAGAGUGAACUGGAAAUCGAAGUCUCCACUUAAUUGUUUUGGCAUCGUUUUCCCUUUGCUGGUCAAAAAGAAAAAUCUUGUCUUGCCAUGGAGUCCUCCUUUAUUUCUACCUUGGAUUCUGCGUCAUUAGAAGCCCUGGAUUGAUCUCUGGAGACUAGACUCCUGUAUCUGGGAAACCCUGGUCUGCCGCCUUUCCACCUUCCAACCCAUGUGCACACAUCCCGUCCCACUCGUCACCACCCACAGUUCUUGUCCUCGCCUGUGACUGAUCGUCUAAGGAACAGGAAGCAAGUGAUACACACUGAGGCCCAAUCACUAUGUUUAAAAAUCUCGACUUAGGGUUGGCACGUUAUGCCCCGUGGGCUACAUCCAGCCCACCAAGUGGUUUUUACAGUGUUUAAUUGGGGAAAAAAACAGAAGAGCUCAUGAUACGUGAAAACUCUACGAAAUUCAAAUAUCAAUGUCAAUAAACAAAUGUUGGUUCACAGCCACACCCACUCAUUUACAUACGGGCCUUGGUUUCAUUUGUGCUGCGACAGAGUUGGCUACUUGUAACCGAGACAAGGUGGCCCUUCAAGCUGAGAAUAUUUACAGUCUUGCCCUCUACCGAAGACUUUUGCCGACCUCUGAUCUAGGCGACUGUCAGAAGGAAGAAAAAACCAGUUUGCACAUGGUUCCCAGAGGAGGAACAGGAACCCAGGGGGAGGGAGUUACAGGGGCCAAGAACAAGUUCCAGCAGGGGAAGAACUUUCUAACGGCUUGCCUUGGAAGGUAGAAAGCUCCCCGUCCUGGGAGAGGCGUGAGCCGACGUUGAGACCCCUUGGUGUGCAGGACCUGGAGGGAAUUCGGGCCUCAGAGGUUGAAAGAGUCUAAUCUGCUCAGGCUGCCAUGAGGAAACAUCACAGUCUCAGGGCGGCGGGUCGGGGGGUGCAGGGGGGCUUCAACAACAGAAAUGAAUUGGCUCCCAGUUCUAGAGACUGGGAGUCCAAGAUCAAGUGUCCGGGUUGGUUUCUUCUGCGGCCUCUCUCCUUGGCUUGCAGACAGUCAGCCUCUCACUGUGUCUUCACGUGGCCUUUCCUCUGGAUGCACACACGCCCGGUGUGUCUCUUACAAGGACACCAGUGAUAUCGAAUUACGGUCCUGCCCUUAUGACCUAAUUUGACCUUAAUUACCUCUUUAAGGGCCCAUCUCCAAAGACAGCCACACUGGAGGUUAGGGCUUCAACAUAUGAAUGGCGGGGGUCUGGGGAGGUGCACAAUUCAGUCCAUAACAAGGACCCUUGGGAUUUCAGAGACUGAUUUUAGGGGCUUUUGAGGCAAAACUCCCAUCCCUGACUGGCUAGUUCUCAGCCUUGAGUCCCUAAACUUGCCCUCCCUGUCGUCAUCCCUUGCCAGCCUUCUUUUGACCCAGCAAUCCCCUGAGGGCUGGUCUGGCUUCAGAUAUGCCACCCAUGCACUCAAGCCCCCCUCCGCCUCUGCGCUAGUCGGCUAGGGCUGCUGUAGCAAAGUACCACAAGCAACAGUGGACGCUCUCACGCUUCUGAAGCCUAGAAGUCUAGAAUCAGGGUGUCGGCAGGACCAAGUUCCCCCUGGCACCCGUAAGGGAGUCCUUCCUGGCCGCCCGCUGCUUUACUUCCGGCAGUUUUCUGGCAAUCUCAGGCAUUCCUUGGCUUGCGGACGCAUCUCUCCAAUCUCUGCCUCUGUCGUCACACAGCCUUCUCCUUCUGUGUGUCUGUCUUCUCACGGCCAUCUUCUCAUUAGGACACCAAGUCAUAUUGGAUUAGGGGCCCAUCCUACUCAAGUUCAACUUUAUCUUAACCAGUGCAUCUGUAGUGACCCUAUUUCCAGAUAAGGUCGCAUUCUGAGGUACUGUGGGUUAGGAUUUGAAUGUAUCUUUGUUUUAGUGGGCGCGGGGAGCUCAGUUCAACCCUUCACAUCCUCUAAGGAGCUUUCUCUUGUGCCUUGGCUGGUCACCUUGGUUCCUCCGUGGCAGAUCCCCUGGGAGAUAGAUUCCCCAGACCCCUGGGCUCUGAGGGUCGGCCCACUGCUGCCGCUCUUGUCAAACAUGCACCCUGACCCACGCCUCCGUCCCUGGGGUCCAGUAGUCCCAGAUUUCAUCUCCAUGGAUGAGGGUGGGUGGUCCAUCUGUAGCGGGACAGUCGCUUGACCAUUGGAUGAAUGCGCUUCAGCCCAGCCUGAAAGGGCUGGUGACACGAUGCUUGCUUUUAUUUAUAUUCUCACUCAGCGGCAAAGGAACAGACCUCGGUGAGUCGCGCUUUUGCUGUGUCCUCUUUUGGCUUUGCCUGUGAAGUGAGGAAGGCUUUGAGCAGGCGCAGGGGCAUGCUCUCCCUGGCCCCCAGCCCCACCUUACGCCCCCCAGCCCAGCCGUCGCCCGUAAGGUAAUAGUCCUGACCUCGGAGAGGGAUGAGAUGCAGCAUAUGUCAGCCUGGACCCGGGAAUGUGGGAACCCCGUGUCUGGAAGUUUCUUCCUGACUCUCCCGAGGGCAUGCCUCGGCGGCCUCAUUUCUCUCCUGUCACUGACUACCCUCUCAAGAGCAUACUGUCCACGCCCAUCCUGUUAACCAGCUGGGGCAGAAGGUUGGUGGGAGACCUUCAGUCUCCCCGACUUCCUCAGUUUACCUACGCGCCAGCACCGAGCAUAGCGCCUGGCAAGUAGUAGGUACUCAAUAAAUGUUUGCAGAAUGCCGGGGUGGAGGGCUGCUGGGUCAGAGCGAGGCCCUGGCAUGGGGGUCAGACAUCCUUCCCUGCAGCCAGGGGGCUCCACUGGCAGGGCUGGGCAGUAAUGGGAUUCCCAUAACCGGGUCCUGUGUUGUGGCUCCCAUGUCACUCCAAAUGAAUUUGCCAGAUUCAACGGUCAUGACUCAUAAAGAGGCACAUUGGGACAGGUGUCCCAGGGUACCUAGGCCCUGGGAGGCAGAGUAAUGAUGUAUCUGUAACAGCCACUCUUCAAUGAGCACUUACUAUGUGCCAGGCCAACUGAAUCCCCAUGACUGGACGGUCCUGGGAAGUAGGUACCAUUAUCCGCAUUUCACAGGCGAAGAAACUGUGGGAAGGAGACGUAACGAGCCUGUGAAGUGGUAGAGCCAACAUUUUAAAUGUGAUUCUUUGGGCUUGUUCGUUCCCAGGAACCCACCUCCAUCUUGAGUGGUAUAUGCCCAGCUGCCCAUCGGGAUGUUACAGUCCACACCUGUGCUGUUAUCUGUAGCUCAUAACCAGGAGAGAGGGAAGAUGCAGGGAAGGGUGGGGACCCUCAUGGGAGUUUGCACGGAAGCUCCCACUUACAGUCCCAGACUGACAGGCUGCCAGGAGCUGCCCGUUUCCAGGAAAUGGGCAUCUGGGUUGGUAAAGCCACUCCUGGGUUCCUCCAGCACCCCUGCGCCGAGCAGCCUGUACCGUCAGCUGAGCCCUCUCCCUCUCCUGUACUUAAUAUUUAACUGUGGGCCUCUGUCCCAGGAGGCUCACCAGUGGGUCCUCCUCCCUCUCAACGGUCACACUGACCACUGGGAUCCUACUGCCCCUUUUCCUAACACCCAGAAUAUGAAGGAUUUCUCGUCAUGGGAUGAGAUGGCUGCUGUCCCUCUAUUGAGGGCCAAACUGGAGGAAAUGGGCUUUGCCCGGAGCUUGCCUGAUCCAGGUUGACCCCGGAUCAACACAGUUUACCAAUUGUGUUGCAUAGACCUUUAAUUCCAUAGCAGACUAGAUGGACGUUGCAUUAUUGGAAGGGUUCUGGGACAAAUAAGCAUCGGACAUGCUUAGGCAGAACAAGGUUGAACUUAAUUCUCGAUUGCAGGACUUACCAGAGCUUUUAAGACACUACCAUGUAGUUAAACCUGUAAAAGGCCACCAGCAGGCUGCUCUCUUCCUAAGCUUCCCCAGGCUGGUUUCUGAAUCCCCAACAAGAUGAACCUCUGUGAAUUCAACUCAACGUCUUACACGGUAUUCUGAGAGCAGGUGCCAGCCCACAGAAGAGGACAGCUGAUCCCCAGCAUUUACCCACCACCUGCUAGGAGCCAGGACAGGUAGAUCGACCCCGUCCAGCCCCACCUCCCCUGGAGGCUGGCACUGUGAGCAAUGAACCUAGAAGCUGAACAAGAUGCAUUAGGCAGAGAGAUGUGGCUGGGGGGGUGACCACAGGCUGCUCCUGAGCCCCAGAAAACUUGAACCUUGCCCCUGCCACCUCACAUUCCCUACCCAGGCCUGCUGAAGGAUGACCCCGUUCUGUGCAAGAGGACAGUGUGGUUCCAUGCACAAGGACACCACAAAGGAAAAUUCUGGCUGAUCAUGUCUUCCAAUGGAGGGGUCAAAUGUGCUGUGUGUCGGUGACUUCCCCAACAUACCAUCGUUCAGAGACUAACAGAGGACAUCAUACCCUCAUAGGGGCCAGCUAGGUCUUGACCUGAAUUUUUAUCUUCAGCCAGGUCAUUGCAGUGAAGAUCUAGAAUGAUCUAUAUUUAGAAGAUCUAGAAGGAUGACCUAGUCCAAGGAGUACAAAUAUGUGACAUUUCUGCUACCACUGCCCCUCCUAUACUCUUGGCAGACAUUGCUAAUCAAUCACAGCAUGCCUUGCCACUUCACGUGGAUGCGAGUAGCCAGCCUGAUCUCAUGCCUCUCCUUUCACAGGAGAAAGAACUCAGGCCCAGAGAAAAGAAGGUAAACUCUUCCAAGCUAGGUCCCUUCUUAGAGGCAGAGGCAGAUUUAGAACUAAGGCCUCAGAAACUUCCAGAAGCCUAAUCAUUUGACGUCUUGUCUGUAACUGGUAGAUGGUGUCGAAGGGCCCCGCAGAGCUUUAUUAUCAGUCAGGCAACUUGGAAAAUACCGAAAGAAAGAUUCUGUCUGUAACACCUUGCAUAUGAUCCUGUGUGGUAAUGUGUUUGCUUGGAGAGAAAUCAUUUAUCUUCCAGGGAACAGCUUCCCCUCAAGGCCUGACUGCCACCCCCAGCCUCGUACCAGGGGCUGGAAGGCCCGGGGACCUUAAGGAAAUACAGUGUGUACGUGAGUGGGAGGGAUGUUUCUUCACUUGAGGCAGUUUGUAAAAGUUUCUGUGGUUCAAUCUGGACAUCUCUGAAGAUACGGGAUGUUGCCUAUAGAGGGGCAGAAAGGAAACCUGACUCCAGUUGUUUUUUGGUUUCUUCCCUGUGUGGAAGGCUCAAAAUCGAGUUUUCACCCAGAUAAAAUUCCCUUGGGUCCUAGUGGACCACCAGCUCUACUCCUGAGCUCUUGAAAGGCUUUUAAUAACCAGCUUGGUGGCUGAGAGUACUUUCCGUCUGCUACCUCUUCCUUUCCUUCCUCCCUUUAUCUUCCACCACCACCGACUCCUACCAGAUAACAUCUCCCCUGGACCGUGAACAGAGGAGAAAGUUACACAAUAGUAGAGAUGAAAAAUAACCGCCAUGUAUUUAGCUUAAAUUAGCUCAGAAGAACGGCUCCCUCCCUCCACUGACUGGGCAGCCAUUGUUUAUGCCAACAUGCUAUUUGCAUCCUGCCUUCUUAGAUUUGAAAGUCUAACGAUUAAAAACAAAUCUUAGUUUUUCUUUUCCACCACUUAAGAAAAAAAGACCAGCUAGGCUAGUUCUUCUAGUUUAAAAUUACCCUGACCUCCAGCACUUAGAGUGAGAAUUUUGGAAAGACUGGUGCCAGGAUAGCAGGGGAAAAAAACACAGGCAGACAGGAGGAGGCAGAGAAGCCUGUUCUGAAGUGGUGAGCAAUGGGCUGGUCAAGGUGGGAGAUGAGCUUUUGACGGAUGCCGACGGCUGGGUCAGUUCAGAAUUCUGUGGGGUUAUUUCUUCAUCCGCCAUGUAUUCGGUGGGUUAUUUAUUGAGCAUCUACUACAUUUGUAGACCCUGGGCAUUCAGUGAUAAGGGAAACAAAGUCUUCCCGUUCUGAAGCUUAGAGUCCAGUGGAGCAGAUAGACAAGAAUCUGGCCAACAACAAUCUAUAAAUUACCACUCACAUAGCCCCCGAAUGGGGGACCAGUAACAUGAGAUGUGGGGAGGGGAGACUACUGUGGAGGGAACAGUUGGCAAAGGUCUUUCCUAGGAGGUGAGAUUUCAGAUGAGAUCUAAAGGACGAGAAGGAGGAAGAGAUGACAGUUCUAGGUCAGGAUCUCCCAGCCUCAGCACUGUUGAUAUUUGGGACCAGAUCAUUUGUGUUGUGGGCAGGGCAUCCUGUGCCCUGUUGCAUGUUGAGCAGCAUCCCUGGCCUCCAUCCACUAGAUGCUGGUAGCACCCCCCUUUCCUGCCACCCCUGAGUUGUGACAACCAAAGAUGUCUCGGACAUUGCAAAUGUCCCCUGGGGGGUAGAAUCACCCUCCGCCCCCCCACCCCCAUUUGAAAACACCAUUCUAGGCUGAGGCAUGGCAGGAGGCGGGAGGGGAUGGACAGGGUGGACAGUGGAUGAACUGAGCUUGGGGCCGGGUAAUAGGAGCAUCUCAAAGGUCUCCUAAGGGCAGCGGGAAAGCACUGGGAGCUUUUAAGGGGUACAGUGUCACCAUCUGAUUCUCGCUCGUUUGAGCCAAGGCAUGAGGUCUUGAGUACACUGUCACCAGCCACAUCACUAGGACCCACAUCCAGCCUCCUGCCAUCUGCAACCUUUCAUGAAA